AUGCCGAACUAUGCGAAAGCCAUGAAGGAAUUUCUGUGUAAAAAUAGAAGGUUUGGAGAAUUUGAAACUAUAGCCCUGACUACAGAAUGUAGCCUAUUUUUUCAGAAUAAGUUGCCUCCUAAUUUGAAGGAUCUAGGAAGUUUCAUCAUACCUUGUAAUAUUGGAGAAUCCUAUUAUGGUAAGGCUUUAUGCGAUUUGGGAUCGAGUAUCAACUUAAUGCUUACAUCUGUGUUUAAACAAUUAGGUAUUGGUAGGGCCAAACUGACUACAAUUACACUCCAAUUGGUGGAUCAAUCUUUAGAAUACCCCGAAGGAAAGAUUGAUGAUGUCUUGGUACGUGUUGAUAAAUUCAUAAAUCCUGCUGACUUUAUUCUCUUAGGUUUUGAAGUAGAUAAAGUAGUACCAAUCAUCCUAGGAAGACCUUUCUUGGAAACUGGUAGAAUGAGAGUCGUUGUACAGAAAGGUAAACUCACCAUGCAAGUUCAAGAUGAACAAGUAACCUUUAAUGUACUCAAGGCCCUAAGAUCUCCUAAUGAGGUUAAAGAUUGUGUUACUGUCUCCAUGGAAGAUCUAUUGAUUCCCAAUGAUCUAUUGAAAGGUUGCAUCACAACCCAUGAUCUUGAAAGGUUAGUGGAGAAUAUCCAUGAACUAAACCCACUUGAACUUAGUGAACCAAUAGAACCGGAAAUUGAUAAGUCAUUGAAUAAAUCUGAAACUGAGGCUAACUCAAUUAUUGAGGUAGAAGAGGUAGAAUCUGAGGAAGAACCAAAUGAUCUUAAACCGAUAAAAAAACUAAAAGUCUUUAAACCAGGAAAGGAGACGAAUGCUGAUGAGCUAGUUGAACCAAGUGUUGGUCCUGAGUUGACUAUUCCUAUUCCCACUUCUUCAAAUACUAAGGAAUAUGAGAAUGUAAGCGAGGAUGAAACAUCAAAGGAAGAAGACGAAGAGGAUGAGUCAAAUAAAUAA